GAUCUCGUGGAUGAACUUUGGCAGGACCAAGCUAAGAGGCAUGAGAUUUGUCUCGGAGAAUGGAUCCACUCUUGGGAUACCCCUCGCGAAGAAGACUUGAUUCAAAACUUCAUGUCAGCAGAAGUAUCAAAAGAACUGGACGACAUCCUACUACCACAUAUUGCUUCGUUUCAGAAGCUCCUUGACAGUCCAGACUUGAACCAAUAUGGUGCGGAGGCAUACCCUGUGAUAGACUACAUCUUGCGAUCGAAGAAGAAGCCAGAUGGUGUGGGUGCAUACAGCAUACCAUUUUGUGGUGACAUUCCAUCUCACGAGUAUGCCAAAAUUGCACAUUGGUUCUCGGAGAAUGUUCCAGGUGCCUCCGGUCAAGUCGAAAAAUGGCUUGGUGGCAUGCCUUUGGUGCAUGCUUUCACUCUCGUAGUCGCUCAUCGAAAGGCCAGUGAUUUCAAAAAACGCAUUGAAGCUCGAAACGAAGAAUGGAACGAUAGCAUGCUGUUGAAGAUGGCUUGGGCUGAUCUCAUGAUAAGCUAUCCUACCAAUAGCUUUGUGGCUGACGUCAACCUCGAGUGUCUGACCGCACUAGAAGCAAGGAUGUUCGAGGAUUCCGAAGAAGCAGGACCUGCAGGCAACCAGCAAUGG